CGGACGAGCCGGGUCCAACCGCCACCCGUCUGCUUGUCCGGGACCCCGUCAGGAGCAACCCGCCGAGUUUGUCCCCGUCGACCGCGCCCGGCCCGGCGCCGCCUGACGGAGGGGGAAGUGGUCCGCUCCGGCCGGCCGGCUGCGGGGGUGAGGCUGCCGGGAAGGGGCUGGGGGCGCCGGCGGGGCCGAGCAUCUCUCUCCGCGGCCCGCUGCCCCCCGCCCCCCGCCUCCUCCCCUCCCCGCGCCUGGCCGUCCCGCCCAGCUGAGACCCCCGGCCGCCGCCGGAGCCCAACGCGCAGGGCAUAUACUUCUCUUGUCUUGGUUGGAUGCACAAAUCUGUGUGCAGUGCUUUUUGCCCGUUGCCUAGACGAUCGCUUGGUUUCUCUGAGGAUGUCUGGUUCUCGUAAAGAGUUUGAUGUGAAGCAGAUAUUGAAAAUCAGAUGGAGGUGGUUUAGCCAUCAAGCAUCAUCUCCUAAUUCUACAGUUGACAGCCAGCAGGGAGAAUUUUGGAAUCGAGGACAGACUGGAGCAAACGGUGGGAGAAAGUUUGUAGAUCCAUGUAGCCUGCAAUUGCCUUUGGCUUCAAUUGGUUACCGAAGGUCCAGCCAACUAGAUUUUCAGAAUUCACCUUCUUGGCCAAUGGCAUCCACCUCUGAAGUCCCUGCAUUUGAGUUUACAGCAGAAGACUGUGGCGAUGCACAGUGGCCGGAUAGACCAGAAGUGGAUGAUGACACUAGUGAAGAAGAAAAUGAAUCUGAUUCCAGUUCAUGCAGAACAUGGAAUUCUGAACUGUGGUGUUGGAAUAAUAACAAAUAUAAACCAGUCAUCUAUAAUCGCUUGUGUAAUGGAGAGAGGGGAAUAUUUUUACAUAGGACUUCCAAUAGUAGUCAGACAUUAUCAUCCUGCCAUACUAUGGAGCCAUGUUCAUCAGAUGAAUUUUUCCAAGCCCUUAAUCAUGCUGAGCAAACAUUUAAAAAGAUGGAAAAUUAUUUGAGACAUAAACAGUUAUGCGAUGUGAUUCUAGUUGCUGGUGACCGCAGAAUUCCAGCUCAUAGGUUGGUGCUCUCCUCUGUCUCAGAUUAUUUUGCUGCCAUGUUUACUAAUGAUGUCAGGGAAGCAAGACAAGAAGAAAUAAAAAUGGAAGGUGUAGAACCAAAUUCAUUAUGGUCCUUGAUUCAGUAUGCAUAUACAGGCCGCCUUGAAUUAAAAGAAGAUAAUAUUGAGUGCCUGCUAUCUACAGCUUGCCUUCUUCAGCUUUCACAAGUUGUGGAAGCAUGCUGUAAGUUCCUAAUGAAACAGCUUCACCCUUCCAACUGUCUUGGAAUCCGUUCUUUUGCUGAUGCCCAAGGUUGUACAGAUUUGCAUAAAGUGGCUCACAAUUAUACCAUGGAACAUUUCAUGGAAGUAAUUCGAAACCAGGAAUUUGUAUUAUUACCAGCCAGUGAAAUUGCAAAGCUCUUGGCCAGUGAUGAUAUGAAUAUUCCUCAUGAGGAAACCAUACUGAAUGCGCUUCUUACUUGGGUCCGUCAUGAUUUGGAACAGAGACGGAAAGAUCUCAGUAAACUUUUGGCUUAUAUUAGACUACCUCUUCUUGCACCACAGUUUCUGGCAGACAUGGAAAAUAAUGCACUUUUUCGGGAUGAUAUAGAAUGUCAGAAACUUAUUAUGGAAGCAAUGAAGUAUCAUUUAUUACCAGAAAGACGACCCAUGUUACAAAGUCCUCGGACAAAACCUAGGAAGUCAACUGUUGGUACGUUGUUUGCAGUUGGAGGAAUGGAUUCAACAAAAGGAGCAACAAGCAUUGAAAAGUAUGACCUUCGUACGAACAUGUGGACUCCUGUCGCAAAUAUGAAUGGAAGGAGGCUACAGUUUGGUGUCGCAGUGUUAGAUGACAAACUGUAUGUAGUUGGUGGAAGAGAUGGACUGAAGACUCUGAAUACCGUAGAAUGCUACAACCCUAAAACAAAAACUUGGAGUGUGAUGCCUCCUAUGUCCACACAUAGGCAUGGCCUUGGUGUGGCUGUAUUGGAAGGUCCCAUGUAUGCAGUAGGAGGGCAUGAUGGCUGGAGUUAUCUGAAUACAGUGGAAAGAUGGGACCCUCAGGCUCGCCAGUGGAAUUUUGUUGCCACCAUGUCCACCCCCAGGAGCACAGUAGGUGUGGCAGUACUAAGUGGAAAACUUUAUGCAGUUGGCGGUCGUGAUGGAAGUUCUUGCCUCAAAUCGGUAGAGUGUUUUGAUCCUCAUACUAACAAAUGGACACUCUGUGCACAAAUGUCAAAAAGGAGAGGGGGAGUAGGAGUAACUACCUGGAAUGGAUUGCUGUACGCUAUUGGAGGACAUGAUGUUCCUGCAUCCAACUUGACUUCCAGACUCUCAGACUGUGUGGAGAGAUAUGAUCCCAAAACAGAUAUGUGGACUGCAGUGGCAUCUAUGAGCAUCAGCAGAGAUGCAGUGGGAGUCUGUUUACUUGGUGAUAAAUUAUAUGCUGUUGGAGGGUAUGAUGGACAGACUUAUCUUAACACAGUGGAGGCUUAUGAUCCCCAGAAAAAUGAGUGGACCCAGGUUGCUCCACUGUGCCUAGGAAGAGCUGGGGCUUGUGUUGUGACUGUAAAAUUAUAAUGUAGUGUUUUGUUUUCUAAAUGAAGAUAUCUACCUUUAUGAAUUUAGUACAGUCAUUCUACUAGCAAUGAAUACAUUUUUAGUAAAUUUGCAGUGCCACAUUCCUGGGCACAAAGUGCCUGAUCUCAAAGUGAAGAUGUUAAAACAAAGGAAAAAAGAAUGGAUGAACCAGGACUAAAUACGACAUUUCUUAGAAAAUCAAAACUACAGCCGGUGAAUCGUGAAUAUGUUCCUGACAAAAUACAAGGACAAAUACACUGCUUCUAACCAUAACUCAGUGUUAACUGGGAAUUUCAUUUAAUAAUAGUCACUUUUACUCACAUUUGCCAGAUUUCUUUUAUUAUAAUGCAAAC